UCAACAGGUUCAAUAACAGCACACUGCGGGUGAUGUUUGUCAAGCAACUUUGUAACCGAUGUAUGGUGUUUUUUUCCCCCACCGUAACCCUAAGUCAGUGUCAUCUACCGCUAAAGUGUGAUACAAAGGUAUAAUGUCUUUCAAAGGCAUGCGAGGUUGCAACAGUAGAGUCUCCAAAGAGGACCAGGAGUUUUACGACUUGAAAUGCAGAGCAGCGGAGUAUUAUAGAGCCAACUUGGUACCGCAGAGAAUAGAGGGUGUUUUGAAUCAGAUGUUCCUGGAAAAGCCUGGUGACAUUUACGGUUAUCUGGCCAAUUACUUCUCACAACAUUCCGCCAAGGCUUCAUUUUGCAGACUAGAGGGGAAAGAACUUUAUGAUGGACAUGGACACCUCUCCGCCCAGGCAAAUGUCUAUUGUACCAUCAGAAAUGAGGUGAAGUGGGUGUGUGGUGCUACCGUGCCCAGUUACAGUGAGCGAGCGUCCGUCGGGGGCGAGCAGUGCGAGGCUGCUGGGGAAAACCCCACCCAUAGACGUGCAUUGGAGACCGCCCUCUCCUGGAUCAACCAGCCAAUCAGCAACAUGCUCCAGGGACUGCAGCCAAGUGAUCAGGCCGCCAUUGACAAGAUACUAAGUGAUUUCUUCCUGGCCCGAUUUGCGGAGUUUGAGGACGAGAGAAAGACGAGGGAGAGAGAGAGGGAGGAGGAGGAGUCAUCAAUCCCCUCUGAGGUGGCCCCCCCUGUCCCACCACCCAGCCAGGCCAAGGACAACAAGAAAGGUAAGAAGAGUAUGAGUGCGGAGAGGACGCUGCCCCCUGAGGACCCCCCGGUGCCUGUGAUGCCCGGCUGCUGUGCCCUGGGGGCCACCUCCCUGGCACUGGCCAAGUCCGGCGCAGCCGUGCAGGGCGUGCCACUCUACCAACACAUACGGGCACUCAGAGCAGAGCAGGUGGCUGGUGAUGUCCACAUGCCCUUUCCCAUGGUGCCAGUGCUGAGCUGUGGGAAGGCGUCUCCUGGCAAACUCAAUCUCCUGGAUGAAGUCCUUGUCAUCCCCGCAGCCGCAAACACACUCAGACAGAAAAUCACCACGGUCGUUCAUUUGCAGAAGGAAGUUGAGAGAAUCCUGAAUAUGUCUUCGAGAACAGGGUCCAUGGUGUUCCCCGUGACGGAGGCGGGUGCGAUGGUGGUGGCGUUUGAUCGCAUGGAGCAGCCUCUGGACCUGCUGAUGGAGGCCUGCUGCAACCUGCAGCUGACCCCGGGCACCGACCUCUACUUCGCCCUGCACUGCUCUGCCCACCGCCUCAUGGACUACUCGAAAGGGAAGUACGAGGUGGUGAUGGGGACCAUGAAGUCUCCGGAUGAGCUGGUGGAGCUGUAUGAGUCUCUGGUCAGCAAGUACCCGGGCAUCGCUGCCCUCAUCGACCCCUUCAGGAAAGAGGACGCUGAGCAGUGGGACAAGCUGAACUAUGGGCUGACAGGUCACGCCUGUGUUCUGAUUGCUGACGCCGGUUUUGGUUUUUGCCCACGUAACUACGGCAACGAGAAACUGCCAUUUGGGGUGGCAGGAGUCGUCCUGAAACACGUGAACGAGACCACCAUCAGUGACCUUCUGCAUACCACCUCGGGGGAACAAGGUGCCGCCAUUAUUCUGGAACAGUCUGGCUCCCUGUCAUAUGAUGACUAUCCAGCAGAUUUGGCCGUGGGUCUGGGUGUGAAGUUGGUGCGGCUGGGCGGUGUGAGGGGUGGAGUUCAUAUGGGCCGCUACAACCGUCUCCUGGCAGUGGAGGAGGAGCUGGCCAAGCAAGGCAUUCUGGGGUCAAAUCGGUUGGCGCUGCCUUUGUUUCCUAUCCCUGACAGACCUGUCACGCCAGACUCCACAGAGACGACGGAGUGAACACACUUCUCUCUCUCUCUCUCUCUCCCUUUCUCUCCCUCUCUCACACACACACAAACGCACACACACACACGCGCGCGCGCGCGCACACACACUAAAUAAUAUGUUAUUAUCAUCUAGUAAUUAUUGUUUGGACAGAAUUCAUGCAAGCCCAUGUUAUCAUUUUCUACAAACUGAAAAUACUAGCUGCAUGCAUUUUAUGGAUUUAUGUUUUCCUACAAAUACACACAAAAACACAUACAUUUUGCUUAAGUAAUACAAAAGAAAAAUUCUUAAAGAAAUAUUUUUUGUUUAGUUGAACUUAAUUUAAAAUUAUUUAAAAUAAAUUAACACAUUGAAAACGGAAUAAAAAAAAUGUCAUCACAUAA